AAUGCAAUGGCGGACAGGAUGAAGUUGAAUGACGAAAACGGUGUGUGCGAUAAACAAAGGGGAAAUGUUGCCAUAACUACUUCUAGUAAGGAAAUAUCAAGCUACAGAGACAGUAUGUUAAUUCUUUUGAAUCUGCUCACAGACUUCGGGAGUGAGCUGAAAUUGGGUGAAGCUGCACUGAAAAUCAGCGCCAGCUUAGAAGCAGUGGAUGUGUCAUCUCUUCAACCACCUCGUCAUGUGUUCACCUGUCUUCAGCAACACAUCUCCAAACUACAGUCAGUUUCAGACAACCUGAGGGUCCUGGUGGAGGCAGAAGACCAGUCCUCGUCUUCAAAGAGCAACAAGGAUGAAACCACUAGCACACUCUAUUCUGAUGAGAUGACCAUAGACUCGCCACCCAUUCUACCUGCAGCUCAGCCAACCCGGCCAGAGGUAGAGGAGGAGGGCAAGUUGCAGGUUGAUGACCUCAGCAUUCAGAUCAGAGCCAACAAAUCAGAGAUUGAUAGGAGGAUAUCUGCAUUUAUAGAGCGAAAGCAGCUGGAGAUCAAUGAAAACAACGUGAGGGAGUUCUGCAACGUGAUCGACUGCAAUCAGGAAGACAGCUGUGCCAGAACAGAUGCAGUAUUCACACCCUACCCAGGCUUCAAAAGUCAUGUUAAAGUGACUCGUGUGGUGAACACCUACGGGCCUCAGACUCAUAGAGGGGGAGGGUUAGGAGGAGGUGCCUUGGGGGAGGCUGAGGAGCAGCAGAGGGCCAUGGUGUCUAGAGACUGUGGGAAUCCAGCCAUAGAGGAACGCCUGCACAACAUCGAGACACACCUAAAGCUCCCAACAGAGGGUCCAGUGCCUUUAAGUGUGUACCAGAGGCUGAAGAAGCUUGAAGAUCGGAUCCUGGAGUUGGAGGGACUUUCCCCGGAGUACUUCCAGUCUAGUUACCUACACAAGCGACCAAAGACAUCAAUGUCUCAGGUCUGCAGUCUGUCGGAGCUGGAUGUGAAGAUCAGUGCUGUCAAAGCGGCCUUGCUGAAGAGGAUGGGGGAAUUUGGGCCGGUAGAGUACGACACCGAGUGUCCACUCUGACCCCCCCAACCUUUUGACCCCCAGCCAUAUUGAUCAGGGAGAAAUCCAAACCAGUCUAAUCGGAAUGAAUAGCAGUAGAGUCGCAAUACGGAGUUUUACUUAUUCAGGGAAAUAAAACUAAUGCAUGUGAUAUCAGAAAUGGUUUAAUACAAUUAUCAACUGAAAAUAUUGUCAUAUAAUUAUAAAUACAGUUUUAUACCAAUUGAAGGAUAACUUCAAUUUAGACAUUUAUGGUUUCUUGGAAAGCUGCGAGUGCUAUUAUGAUACAAUGUCAGUACUUGUUGCAUUUACAACUUGUCUAUCAUCAGCUGAUUUCAACCAGAGUGUGGCUGUGGAUUGACUGCAUUGUCUAAUGGAAUGUUGGGAUAUUGGCAGUUUUUAAUUAAUUAGAAAAUGAAUGAAAUCAUUCCCCUAAAACUGUCUGGCUAGCUAGCUGACCAACAUCGCAGAUAAAUUCUUUGAAUGAAUAUUUUCUGAAUCACAGCACUGACCAACCAUGGUUGACCAACUCCCUGACCAAGAUGGCUGGCCUUUAUCCCAUCAUAAGAAGGUUCAUGUCCAUUCUGGUAUUCUAUUCCUAAUUCUGUGUGUCCUGAGCUGAAGGUCUUGGUUUUCAACCUUCGGGUUGAAAUGUUGCACUCCAUGAAACUACUGGAGAAUUCAAGUGUGUGUGUGGGUAUCUGUCUUUCUAGCAUGAUGUGGCUCUGCGGCUCCCGUUUUUUUUGGGAUCUAUAGUCUGCCCCACUCAAAGUCCCGGAGCUUCCUGAAGCUUCUGCGCAUGUAUAUAUUCUCUACUUUACGCACAGAGAACAGGCUACUCGCGUGAAUGGUGCUCGUUUAAUAAAGUUCGAUCAAAGCUGAAACCGUGUCGGCAAGAUCGCAUAAUGAUAAUAUUCGACAUAGAGAUUGAUAUAAUAGCGUAGUAUAACAUUACUGCAAGACAAAAAUGGGGAUAUGCAUUUAGAUCUUGAGUUAUACAGUGUGUUUUUUUCAAAGUAGUCUACAGUGUUGUUUUGAAUGAUGUACAGUGAAUUAAUUUUAGAGCAGAUUGAGUAAACAAACUAGCAUAGCCUACCUGUGUAUUUUGCCCAGUGGCGCAUGCUGUUGUGUUUUGGCCACAUGAGAGAGAGAGAGAGAUGCGUUGUUGUUUUUUAGAAACGUUAUAUGCUGCUAUUACAUUAUUUUGCUGUUAUGGAGAAUACUAUGCUCAUUGUGAUGUCGCAGACAUUGCUUCAGACAUUGAUCUAACUUGAUUCAGUGUUGAUUCUUCCUCCUUUUUGCUGUUGUGUUGCAAAGUUUUAACGUUGAUGUUUUUGUAAAUAAAUUCUCUUUCAUUUGGCGAA